AUGGGUUGCCGAAUGGGCACGAUUGCCCAUUUGUUCGUCGUCGUCCUCGACACGGACGCUGAUAUUCUCCUCGCUACCCCCCGACGAGGCGUGCGUAUGCGAGACCGCAAAGGCGCUGCGGUCCUGGGAGACGUCGGUGAGCUUGUACGCCUCGCUGCCCUUGAUGCCGGCGCUGGCGCCGGCGCCGGGCCCGCGACUCUUGCUGUUGCCGUGGGAGCCGUAGGCGUACUUGGAGUGCUUGGUGCGGUAGUCCUUUGCCUUGCGCAGGCAGACGGGGGCGAGGAAGGGCAGCGACGAGACCAUGUUGCCGACGUUGAACUCGAUGACGCCCCAGACGACGAGCAUGGUGGAGUCGUGGUCGCCGAACUGGAUGCGGUUGAUUUGCGUGUAGCGCAGGAUGGAGCAGAGCGUGGUGAAGAGGCCGAGCGCGAAGAUGGCGAUGAGGCCCAGCUUCUUCUCGAGCCGGAUGUUGAGCUUGAGCAGGACCGGGAUGGGGAGCACGGCGACGAGCACGUCCGAGAUGAUGGUGAGCACGGCGUAGGCGGUAAACGAGGCGACGGCGGGCAGGCAGGUGCCCGGUUUGGAGGGGUUCCACGACUUGUCAACCUGGACAUGGCGCAUGUUAGUCAAAAACUAUUGUUCAAAGCAUCAAUUUCGUCGUACCGGAUUGCAGUUAAAGAUGAGGGCGAGGGCGCUGCCCAGGUGAUUGAGAAAGACAAACGCAAUGGCGGCCCAGACGACGACGCGGUAUGUGCGAUUGUCGGUGCCCUGCAGCAGGCGCAGGUAGCUGAUGAGCAGGGCAAUCUUGAAGAAGCUGAUGCCGACCUGGUAGAUGGGGCGGCCGGCGUAGUUGACGCGCGUGUAGGGGAUGAGGUUCUCCUUGGGCCGCUUGGCGGGCAUCAGGCCGAGGCCGUACUUGGUCUGGACGAUGCAGAGGAUCGAGUAAGCAAUGGCGAAGACGAGGGCGAGGAUGCACAUCCAGUCGUCGGCGGCGAUGCGAUUGUUCUUCUUGCGAAUGAAGAUGCGCGCGCCGACGAUGAUUGUGGCCAGCCCGGACAUGACGACGCACACGGCGAUGAUCAUCUUGUACUGGGACUGCGCAUCGAGCUCCGGAGAGCCGUGGGCGACGAAGACCAUGGUGGCGGCGGCGGCGGGCGAUGCGUUGCGCCUGGACGAGGAAAGCUCUUUGGUGUGUGCCCGAGGGAAGUAGGCGGUGGUAUCGUCUAG